UUGAAGGUAGAGUUCUUAGAUCAGUGGGGGAGGAACCACGGGUCACAGAGGAACUCUCACUGUUCUUCUUGUUCAUCAGGAAGAGUCAGAGUCAGAGUCAGUGAGGAGGAGUAAAGGCAGGUGGCGCUAUACACUCUCCAACUUUAAAGCGAGGCCAAGUUUAACUUUAUAAUCAAACAGGUGGAUUCAGAUCAGACCAAACCCUCCAGGAUGUCGAGCCUCAGACCCAGGCGGUGUUUGAUGGAGAAAACCCCGGACGGGUACGGGUUUCACCUGCACGGAGAGAAGAGAAGGAGCGGCCAGUUCAUCCGCCUGGUGGAGCCCGACACCCCGGCCGCCGAGGCCGGGCUCCGGGCCGGUGACCGGCUGGCCUUCGUUAACGGAGAGAAUGUGGAGGGCGAGAAUCACCAGCAGGUGGUGGGCCGGAUCCGAGCCACUGAACCGGGUCAGCAUCUGGAGCUGAUCGUCUACGACAACGAGACAGCAGAACUACUGGAAAAACACGGGCUCCAGUGCCGGAAAGAGUACGUCACUGAGGGGAUCCCGGUGCCGGGGGCUUCCUCCGGGGACAGCGACUCCGAGCGAGGGGCCAGCCGGAGGAACAGCAGCCCUGUCCCGCAGGAGAACGGAGACACGUCCUCUGAGAGAUCCGAGAGACUGAGCGUCAGCUCCAGCAGCAAGGGGGACAGCACUGGACCUCGUCCUCGUCUCUGUGUCCUGAAGAAGGGGGAGGGCGGCUACGGCUUCAACCUCCACAGUGAGAAGUCCAGACCAGGGCAGUUCAUCAGGGCCGUGGACGACAACUCUCCGGCUCACAGGGCGGGGCUUAAACCUCAGGACAAGAUCAUACAGGUGUGAGCACGCUCACUCCUUGGGAUGCAGCACUCUGACGUGGUGUCAGCCAUCAAAGCAGGAGGAGACGAGACCAGGCUGCUGGUGGUGGACCCUGAGGCCGAAGAGUUCUUCAGGAGCUGCAACGUCCUGCCAACAGUGGAGCACCUCACUGGACGUCUGCCUGAACCAGUGUCCCAGAAAACGUCAGAGGAUGAAGAGCCAUCUUCAGUGGUGAAGGCUGCACAGUCCCAGAGAUCUUCAGUUUCCAGCUCCUCAUCUGACUCCUCCCUGCGGAGAGCAGACUCCAGCUCUACUCCUCCAGAGGUCGACAGGAGCCCAGAGUCCGAUGGUCUGGGUCUGGGUUUGUCUUUGGCUCAGGCUCGAGAACGAGCUCAUCAGAAACGAGCCGCUAAGAAGGCUCCGAAUAUGGACUGGCGCAAGAGGAACGAACUCUUCAGCAACCUCUGAAUGUCCUCCUCCCCUCCUGACUCCACCUCCUGACUCCACCUUCACCCUCAGCUCCAGCUCCAGCUCCAGCUCUGUUCAGAGUCCAGACCAUGGACACUGAGGUGAAUCGGUACCAGGCAGUCCUGGUCCUGGGUUCUCUGGACGUUGUUUUCACAGUUAGAACAUCUGAACAUCAUCAUCAUCAUCCUCCUUCACAUUAACAACAGUAUUACCUGCUGAUCUCUUCUUCUCCUUCUCCCUCUUCUCUACCUGAAUCUCUCUUCGCUCACUGAAAUGAAUGAAGGUUUAAAUCUGAAGACUCAGACUCAGACUCUGACUCAGACUCACACCUAGACCCAGACUGAGACUCAAUUAUUUCAGUGAAAUCCACAUGUUUAAAUAACCAGUAAUCAGGAAGUGGAAUGAAACCCACGUGACUGACACCAUGGGCAGGUCCGUACGGAGGCCCAGAGGAGUCAAACUGUCACAGGUUCACACAGGUGUAAAACAGUUUCAAUUAUUUUGAAAUUCUUCAGAACCACAGCAACACCGCAGACAUACUGUACGCCAGCAGAGAAGAGUUAGCUGUGUCCACCACUGGGUGGUGCUGUUUCGUUGCUCCCACGGUCAGACUCUGACAGAGGAAAUUAAAAAAGAAUCACUGUUUCUGACUGAACAGAAUCUUUGUUCCUGUGGUGUCUGUGAUUUCCCGACACUCUGGGCCUCCGCGAGUUUUUUGAUUGAGUGAAUGAUUUUUGUUUCACUUGUACAUAAAUGAAUUGAUCAGAGGAUCAGCUCUGAGAGACUGUUGUUGAUUGAUUCUGAUUAAAACAUUUCAAAGCUC